AUGGAUCCUCUCGGCGCCGCCCUCGUCUGCCUGUGCUGCGCCGUCACCGCCGCCGCCUCCGCCCGCCGCUCGCCGCCGGCGCCCCCGCGCUACUCGGUCUGCGACGAGGAGCCGCCGGGGACGCUGGUGGGGAACCUGGCCCGUGACCUGGGCCUCACCGCCGAGCAAUUCCGCGCGCGCCGAUUCCGAGCGUUGCGGGGCACCAACGGCUCCGACUACUUCGCCGUGAGCGCCGACGGUGGUGAUGUGUGGGUGCGCCGGCGCCUCGACCGCGAGGCCGCGUGCCGCCGGGCGAUCGCCGCCGGCUCGGGCUGCUCCCUGCUGCUCGGCGCCGUCCUGGAGCGGCCCGCCGAGCUGGUGCGCGUCGUCGUGGACGUGCUGGACGUCAACGACCACGCGCCGCGCUUCCCGGCCGAGAGCGCCCUCCUCGAGGUCGCCGAGAGCGCCGCGGUCGGCACGCGCUUCGCACUGGACGGCGCCCGCGACCCCGACGCCGGCGCCAACGCGCUGCAGGGCUACGCGAUGGAGCCCGACGACGGCGCCUUCGCCCUGGAGACGCGCGACGGCGGCGGCGCUUUGUCGCCCGUGCUGGUGGUGCGCCGCGCCCUGGACCGCGAGCGCCGGGCCGCGCACGAGUACGUGCUCACCGCACUGGACGGGGGCCGCCCGCCGCUGAGCGGCACGGUCCUGCUCACCGUGCGCCUCCUCGACGCCAACGACAACGCGCCUGCCUUCGAGCGGCCCGUGUACCGGGCGCUGGUGCCCGAGGACGCGCCGGCGGGCACGCUGGUCGCGCGGCUCCACGCGUCGGACCCGGACGAGGGCGCCAACGGGGAGGUGGAGUACGCGGCGAUGCUGGGGGCGCGCGAGACGGCGCGCGACCUCUUCGCGGUGGACUCGCGCUCGGGCCUAGUCACCCUCGUGGGGGCCCUGGACCACGAGGAGGCCGACUCCCACGAGAUGCACGUGCGGGCGCGCGACCGGGGACCCGACUCCGUCCCCGCUUACGCCACGGUGCUGGUGCGCGUCCUGGACGUGAACGACAACGCGCCCGUCGUGCGGCUGCUGGCCCGACCGGGCGACUCCGCGGCCGCCGUCGUCGGCGUGUCCCGGGGGGCGUCGCCCGGCCACGUCGUGGCCUUCGUCCGCAUCCGGGACCGAGACUCGGGCGCCAACGGGCGCGUGACCUGCACGCUCGAGGGCGCGUCGGCCGCGGGGCCCGGCGCGGCGCCGCCGUUCGUGCUCCGCGCCUGGGACGGGGGCGAGGUGUACGCGCUGGCAACAGCGACGCGGCUGGACCGCGGGGCGACCGCCGCCGCCGAGUACAACCUCACGGUGGUGGCGCGGGACGACGGAGCGCCGCCGCUCGUGUCGGUCAAGACGUUCACGGUGCGCGUCACGGACACGCGCCCCGAGGGCCGGCUCCCGGAUGACGACGGCGGGGACGACGACGGGGACGGGGACGAUGCCUUCGCGACGCCGUUCGUCACGGACGCGCGCCCCGAGGGCCGGCUCCCGGACGACAGCGACGGGGACGACGGCGACGACGGCGACGGCGCCUUCGCGACGCCGUUCGUCGCGGUCGUGGCGCUGGCCGCGGCGUCGUGCGUCCUGAACGUGGCCGCGGUGGCGGUGGUGCUGCGCUGCAAGCGGGAGAACAAGGAGCUACGCACCUACCACUGCGGCGCGGCCGCCCGGGCCAGGACGCCGGCGCGUGACGAGCCGGGGGCGGCCGCCCGCUCCGGCGGCGAGGCGGCAUCCGCCACCGCGCCCAACGCCUACGAGGACAAGUCCUUCCUGCCCUCGGAGGCGGCGGGCGCGGCAACGCCGGCGCUUGGCAAGCCCCCGCGUCGCCACCCUCUGCGCCGUGUGCCUGGCCGGCACGACCUCACACAGGGCAAUGACAAUUUCAAUCGACAGCAGCAGCAGCAGCAGUCGUCUGGAAGAGGCCUUGCUGUUUCUUGGAGCCCAACAAUCGACUGCAGCAGCAGUCCAGAAGGUGACGGUGACGGCCGGCCCGAGGCUCUGGACCGCUCGAGCCCGUGCCGGACGCCCAACUUGAACGGAGUCGAGGGUAGGCCCGGCGGCGACGGCGGCGGCGCUUGCCGCGAGGGGGUCGACGUGGCCGUGGCGACGGGCGACGGACAACGCCCCCGCGGGCGGCCCCCGCCGCGCCCCCCCACGCUCUCCACGAUCGGCGAGGAAGACUCGGAGCACGGGGCGCCCACUUCGAGCGCCGGCCGGCGCCACCACCCAGUAAAUAUCAACGGAGUGUCCGUGUCACGUGGGCCUGGGGCAGCUAACGGUGCCGAAGGAAGCCGCUUCCUCGUUCUGUUUUGAUGGCGUUCCAUUUCAUGCCGCAUCCACACGCACACACAGACACACACACGCACACACAUACACACACGCACACACACACACACACGCACACACACACACACGCACACAC